AACGCUCUUGAAAGUUUCUUAUUCCACACUGUCUUUUAAAAAUCUCAAAUAAAAUUUCUAUCAAGUGAUGAAAAUAGUAAAUAUGUUUAUAGUGUAAAUCGAUAGUAUUAAUUUAUAUUUAAAGUCCCCUUCAUCAAUGUGAUUUUCCUCUUUGUAGAUUUAAUUUCAUCGUGGUUCUAAGUAAGAAGAAUAGGAAGAGUUAUUUUAUUUCCUCUCCAGGAGAUUUGAAUUUGAUGAGAGAUGGGAAUCAUCAGCACAAUAUUGGGUGCGUUUGGUUUCGGAUUCGGGACGACGGUCGGGAUCGUAAUCGGUUACUACUUGUUCAUCUAUCACCAGUCUACUGACGUUCAGGAUCCUGAGAUCAAGCCAUUGGUGGAGUUAGAUUCCGAGACUAUAGCAAAAAUGUUCCCUGAAAUACCUUUAUGGGUGAAAAAUCCAGAUUUUGAUCGUAUUGAUUGGCUUAACAAGCUCAUUGGCCAUAUGUGGCCUUAUAUGAACAAGGCUAUUUGCAACAUGGCCAAGUCAAUUUCAAAACCAAUUAUUGCGGAACAAAUACCAAACUACAAAAUAGAUUCAGUUGAGUUUGAAAUGCUCACUUUGGGUUCAUUACCACCAACUUUCCAAGGAAUGAAAGUUUAUGCAACUGAUGACAAAGAAAUUAUCAUGGAGUUGUCAGUGAAAUGGGCAGGGAACCCUAAUAUCCUUGUUGCAGCCACAGCAUUUGGGUUAAAAGCAACUGUCCAGGUGGUUGAUCUGCAAGUGUUUGCUACUCCUAGGAUUACUCUGAAGCCACUGGUCCCAUCUUUCCCUUGUUUUGCCAACAUUUUUGUCUCCCUUAUGGAUAAGCCACAAGUAGAUUUUGGAUUGAAGUUACUUGGUGCAGACGUAAUGGCCAUUCCUGGCUUGUACCGAUUUGUCCAGGAACUCAUUAAAGACCAGGUUGCAAACAUGUACCUAUGGCCAAAGACUUUGAAUGUACAGAUAAUGGAUCCUUCUAAAGCAAUGAAGAAACCUGUUGGAUUGCUUAAUGUGAAAGUCAUCAAGGCAAUAAAGCUUAAGAAGAAAGAUCUUCUCGGUGGAUCAGACCCUUAUGUGAAACUAACACUCUCUGGAGACAAAGUUCCUGGUAAGAAGACAGUUGUCAAACACAGCAAUCUAAACCCUGAGUGGAACGAAGAGUUCGAUUUAGUUGUCAAAGAACCAGAGAGCCAAGAACUGCAGCUCAUUGUUUAUGAUUGGGAACAGGUAAAAGCAACAACAACUCUUGUUUUGAUACUAAUAUUCACAUUCUUAGUAAUCUCUGAUUUGCUAUUCUUCUAUCUUCUUGACCAAACUCAGGUUGGUAAACAUGAUAAGAUAGGAAUGAAUGUAAUCCUACUAAAAGACCUUACUCCAGAGGAACCAAAGCUCAUGACACUUGAGCUUUUAAAAUCCAUGGAACCAAAUGAACCAGUUAGCGAGAAAUCCCGCGGACAACUCGUUGUUGAAGUGGAAUAUAAACCCUUUAAAGAAGAUGACAUUCCAGACAACUUAGAGGAUCCAAAUGCAGUAGAGAAAGCACCUGAAGGCACACCUUCUGGUGGUGGAUUGCUUGUGGUUAUUGUUCACGAAGCUGAAGAUUUAGAAGGCAAAUAUCACACAAACCCUUCUGUUCGUUUGAUGUUCAAAGGAGAAGAACGUAAAACAAAGCGUGUGAAGAAAAACAGAGAACCAAGAUGGGAUGAAGAUUUUCAGUUUCCAUUAGAUGAGCCUCCCAUAAACGAUAAGCUUCACGUUGAAGUCAUAAGUACUACUUCACGAAUAGGUUUAAAUAUGCAUCCUAAGGAAACUCUUGGAUAUGUGGUGAUAAAUCUUGGUGAUGUUGUGAGUAACCGGAGAAUCAAUGAUAAAUAUCAUCUGAUUGAUUCCAAGAAUGGUCGGAUUCAGAUUGAACUUCAAUGGAGAACUUCUUCUUGAUAACAAAGGUUUGUGUUUCCUUCUCCAGAGGGCUGGCUGAUGACAGAACACUUUUUCUCUGGUUUCGAGUUCGUUGAGCUGUACGUAGUAGCAUCUCUAGAUUCGUUAACCGAUGACUUACUUUUAAGCGUACUAUAAAUCUUAAUUCACAUGGGCUUUCAUGGAAAUUACUGGGACAACUGUUUAUCU